AUGGCUAGCAUAAGACAAUUUGUAGGUUCCAGGACUCUUGUCCAUGGACCUCGGCCCGGAGCUUGCGUUCACAACAGGGUCGUGGUUUCCACGAUCCAACGCACCGUCUGCCGGGUUGCCAAGGUUGAGGGCGAUGUCACAGUUGAGGAGGAACUUCUGCGCCUGCGCCGCGAAAACGAGCUCCUCCGCCAGCAGCUGGCGCUUUACCAGCAGGCCGCAGCUCCGAUUUCGAUUGAUACUCCAGAAAGCGCCGUAAAGUCACAAGCGCCUACACCAGCAGCAGCACGGGUGGAAACGUUGGAGCGUCCCACCGCGACCAAGCAGGCUGCGGGGCCUGAGGCGGGUAUUUUGUGGCCCCAAGCCUCCGGGGGGGAGAAGUUCUGGGAGCGGGCUCCCCGCACCGCCCCGGCUCCCCUGGACCGGGGUGCCGUACAGGAGCCCCCAGUGGAGCGGGAUGCCAACACGUUGCAUGUCGUACACAUUACGGCGGAAAUGGCGCCCAUUGCCAAGGUGGGCGGACUGGGCGACGUGGUGACGGGUCUGGCCAAGGCUGCCCAGGCUCGCGGGCACCAGGUUUGCGUGAUGUUGCCCUUCUACGAGUGCCUUCCGGAGGAGGAGAUCAAGGGUCUGAAGCACGAGAUGGACGUGGAGGUGCCCAAGGGCUACCGCUGGGAUGGGGAGAUGAGAGUGGGCCCUCUGCGCACCUCCGUGUAUUGGGGCCUAGUGCAGGGCUGUGCCGUGUACCUGCUGAGGCCUGCGGACGGCACCAACUGCAACCUCUUCCGAGGGGGCAGGAUUUACGGUGGAUCGUACAAUGAGAUGGAGGCGUACCUGUACUUCUGCCGCGCGUGUCUGGAGUAUCUGCGUGCGAGCAACCAGCACCCCAACAUCCUGCAGCUGCACGACUGGCAUGCCGCAGCAGCUGCAAUGCUGUACUGGGAGGUGUACAACAACGGCGCGUCGUACUCCCGUACACGCAUCGUGCUCACCAUUCAUAACAUGGACAACACAGGUAUACGGCGCAAGGGAGUACGGAAGAUCGUACGCGAGUGCCGCCAGGACGAGUUCUCCUUUACUGGUGUGGCGGGUGAGCUGUUCGCAUCCAUCGAUAAGGCCCUGGACGAGCGGACCAUAGGGCACAACCCGGAGCGACUCAACCUUAUGAAGGGCGGCAUCGUGUACUCCAACGCCGUCACCACCGUGUCGCCCACGUACGCCCUGGAGGUUCUCAACGGGGGGGCGGCGGGCUGGCUCCGGAGCACAUUUGCCCGACCUGAGGGUCUAGGCCUCGCAGUGUCACCUCGCAAGCCGCUGGUGGUGGUGGUUAGUCGGUUGGUACCGCAGAAAGGAAUCCAUCUCAUCAAGGCCGCAAUCUUCCGUACAUUGGAGCGUGGCGGGCAGUUCGUAUUGCUCGGGUCGGGCCACUCAGAUCCGGUGUUUCGGAGCCUGGCGGAGGGUCAGUUCAAGAACCACCCGGACUGCAGGCUGAUGAUCAUGUACAGCGAGCGCCUGGCUCACCAAAUCUACGCAGCGGCGGAUGUGGUGGUGGUGCCGUCCAUGUUCGAGCCCUGCGGCCUGACGCAGAUGAUUGCGCUGCGGUACGGCGCCGUACCUGUCGUACGCAGGACCGGCGGCCUGGCGGAUACGGUGUUCGACGUGGAUGGGCCCGCGGCGGCUGGACCGCGUAACGGCUACACCUUCGACGGUACCGACGAGGGCUCCAUGUACGGCGCACUGGAUCGUGCGUUACAGCUGUACGAACAGCAGCCGGGCCGGUGGGCGGCUUUGUCAUGCGACAACAUGCGCCUGGAUGUCAGCUGGGCCAAGUCCGCCGAGAGCUAUGUGGACGUGUACCGUUCUGUGGCGGCGGAGUGA